UGUUUAUGCUACAGCACAUUGACUGUAGACCUUUGCUAUAGACCGGUAGCGGACUGCUGGCUACACAAUGGCGGAGGAGGCGACUUUGAUGAAAACUUCCUCCUUCAUGGAUCCUUUUAAAGGCUUUUUGUUGACGUAUUUGAUACCCGAGUCGUGUUACGACGAGUUCUUUAUCAAAUUCAACCUUUUGGACGUUCCAUGUCUGAAGAUUCUGAUCAGCAAAGGACUGGGGAUAGGUAUCAUCCUCGGAUCAGUGAUGGUGAAACUCCCUCAGAUCUUAAAGAUGAUGGGGGCUAAGAGCGCCGAGGGUCUGAGCUUCCAGUCGGUGCUCCUGGAGCUGGUGGCCAUCACGGGGACCAUGGCCUACAGCAUCACUAAUGAGUUCCCGUUCAGCGCUUGGGGCGAGGCGUUUUUCCUCAUGCUGCAGACGAUCACCAUCGGUUUCCUCAUUCAACACUACACAGGAAGAACCGGCAGAGGUGGUGUUUUUGUGCUGGUGUACUUGGGGUUGCUGUUCCUGGUGCUGUCGCCAAUCACUCCUACGUCCAUGGUGACCACCAUGCAAGCCUUCAACAUGCCUGCCGUCAUCGUUAGCAGGCUGAUCCAAGCGGCCACUAACUUCCGGAAUGGGCACACCGGCCAGUUGUCGGCCAUUUCCGUCUUCCUGUUGUUUGCUGGAUCACUAGCACGCAUCUUCACAUCACUUCAGGAAACGGGCGACACCCUGAUGGCGUUGACCUACGUGAUCUCCUCGUGCUGCAACGGCCUCAUCGCCCUGCAGGUGGCGUACUACUGGAACAGCUCCUCAGAGCGCAAGAAGAGGAAGAAGAGGAAGAAGAAAGAUUAAUAGUGAGAACGGUUACCGUAUGCAGCUGUCAUAUACAGUCGUCCCUCGGCACAUCGCCGUUCCAAUUUGGCUGCGUCGCUCUAUCACGGUUCAUCCAAAAUAUAUUCAUAAAUCACGCUGUUGUGUCGUAGUUCAGCCUCAUUUGCGGAAGUGACGCCAUGGAGGUGCAAUCACUAAGGUAAACAAAGGAGCGUAUCGGACACAGGAUGUUUACCGUAAUAUAGAUUAUUAGUGUAUAUAUGCGAUAGAUUAUUGCCGUAGUUGUCCCCCACAGUAAACGUAGCGCUGUCAAAACAUCUUUCUAUAACAUGUAUAGUGCUUUGCAGCGUUGGCUCUAUCACGGAACAGUGCAACUUUGACGCCAUGGUCUUUCCUCCUUGUAUUCAUGUUUUUUUCCCCGUGUACGGGCGGAAUAGCAUCAUUUUUCACAAUACAUUUAUACGCUACUUUCAAGAGCAGUCAUCCGCGAAACAAUCACUGCAAAGAACAGAACCUGAGGUUGGUGUCCAUCUGUCUCUGGUUCUCUGCACUUGCUUGGUCCAUUGUUGUCUUAAACGCUCCUCUUUUGGAAAUGAAAUCCAACUCACGAUAUCACUUGGAGACUGUGAACAUCCAGCAGCAACACGUUUUGGCAUGAUUAGUCUCCAUGAAAAUGAUACUGAGCCGAGUUGACAAUCUACGUCGAGAAGUGUUACCCCAACGACGUCACCUCCGGAAAUGAGGCUGAGCUGUUAGCUACUUUGUCGUGGCUGGCGCCAUCAACUACGUAGAAAUGGCAUUUUGGCAAAUUUAACAUUUUUUGUAAAAUUGAAAAACGUAGAACAUAAUUACAAACGACACAUAACAUUUAAGUGAAGUUGGUGAAUAAUGUCGGACCUUUUUAAGGACAUUUUUUUGCCUAACUGUAACAAUUGUGGCAGAAAAAUGUCAAAAUGAAUAGAAGUACAAACAAACAUUGAAAAAGUGAUAUGGAGUAUUCUACACCGGUCUCGUCUCGAGAUGUCAGUAGGCCAAACACGCAAGAACCUCAGCUCAUUGCCGGAACACCAUACUGCAGGUUUAGCCUUCAAUAUGAACUUUAUGGGAUUAAAGAUAGUUUUGCUUUAUGAACGGGCGGGUAUGCGCCUCCUGUUCCAGGCGCAGUGCAACUUUAUUGUUCAAACCACACAACAGAAAGACAAAGGGCAAAGCCAAAAGACAGCGUUUGGUACAAAUAUUCCGGUUGUAAAGAACGAAUCCAAAAUCUAUUUAUCACGGGCGAACCGCGAUGAACGAGGACUUCCUGUACGUCCUUGAUACUUGGCCAUCGUGAUCAUGGUGCAGUUACAAUGCAAAUAUACAUUCCUUUUUCUUUGACUUUUAUGUCUAAACAUUGAAGUGUACAUGAAGCAUUGUCUUUUUGAUGAUUUUAUUGGUUGGUUGUUUUAACUUUCAACCCCAACUUCCUGUGACAUGAGGAAAAGGAAUAUUGGGAGAAUAAAGUUGUUGGACACAA